CUUUCUCUUUGGUUAAUUCACCACAGAAAACAUCAUCCGACCAUCGUGAAAAUCUGGUUUAAAGAGAUGUGUAAAGCAUAAAUAAACUGAAAAUCAGUUUACUUUAAAACUUCUUAAAAUGUGAUAUAUUAAGUGAAGGAUAAUCGGAAGUUAAUGUUCAUGUAUCUGGCAAAUGAUGUUAUUCAAAACAGUAAAAAGAAAGGUCCAGAAUUUGGGAAGGAAUUUGAGACGGUGUUACCAAAAGCAUUUGAACACAUGAAAAGCUUCGAUGAAAAGACAAGGGAAAGGUUAAACAGAUUACUUCAAAUCUGGGAAGAGAGAGGUGUUUAUGAUAAAGCACAAAUUGCAGAAUUUAAGACUGCUUUUGUAGAUACAUCAAAAGAUCCAGGAACACCACCUCCAAAAAAGAAAUUCAAAAAUGAAAUAGAAAAAAUAAAGAAAGAAAAGAAGGAGAGGAAGAAAUCAGAGACUGAAGUUGAAGUAGACGGAACCAAAGAGCUACAUGUUACAUUAAGUCCACGUACUCCUGCUGGAGAUCCACCAGAAACAGAGGAACUCAUCAAGGCAUUAAUGGAUUUGGAAAACACAGCAUCCUCAGACGCUGGUGUUAGAGAGCGUAUUGCAUCUUUGCCACCAGAAGUUUCUGAAGUGUCGCUUCUUGCAAAUUUAGCUGACAGAGCAGCUGCGGAUCAAUUAAGUGUUGCUGUAAACGAAGCUGCUGCAUUGUUAGCGGAUUAUAAUGGACGUUUACAAGCAGAAAUGGAAGAUAGAAGAAGGCUACUGACUAUGCUUAGAGAUUACACUUUAGCACAAAGGCAACUACUUCAACAAGCACAAACAACUUUAGAUGACUAUAAAGAGAAACUGAAAAAGGUGUGUGCAGUUAGAUCAGAAGUGAAGUCACAUAUCUCUAAUCUUCCUGACUUGACACAAUUGCCUGAUGUUACGGGUGGUUUGGCACCUCUUCCUUCAGCUGGUGAUUUAUUUUCUAUGCACUAGCACGUGAGUUUGAAGAGCACGAUAAUUGAAUUAUCAUUGAGUUCCAUGCAUAGACAAAUACGACCAUGCUAUGUUAGCUUGGUUUUUGUGAUGAAUUAUAUCUUAUAUAAUGACUUUCUACUUUUCAAUAUUUAAUAUAUUAAAUAUUGAUUGCACUUCUCGUAUUUAAUUAAAAAGAAUGAGAAAAAGAGAAGUACUGAUAAAUAAACAUAUAAAAUCAUUUUACGGAACACUUCAUUGAUAUAAAUAAAUUCAACCAAUUUAAUUAUGAACAAUUUCAAAAUUUGAGGAAUUACAAUGCCAGUAACACUCAGAUACUUUAUUUUAAUUAAAGAGUAGCCAACUCAAUAUUUUUAGUUUUCUAAUAUAAAAUUAAUAAUAUAACUGUAUAUUUUCUUUUUUUUUUAUUCAUUUUUAUAAGUAAACUCCAUAAAAGGGAAAAUAAAUUUUAGUACAAUCUCAUUUUGUGUACUAUUAAACAAAUCUAUUUAAUGGAUUAAAUAAUUUCUAAUUAUAGUGCUCACAUACUGAAGCUAUUAUAAACUACAGACAUGUAAUGAGUUUUAAUAAACAAAUCGUUCUGACAACUGUAAAA